GCUGACGUCAAAGCGGCGCUCAGGGUUGGAGAGCCAGCGGUGCCAAAGCGGUCGAGAAGCGCAGCGGAUUUCAAGCGAGGAAGCGACCUGCCCGGGGCGCAAGUCACAGGACAAACACAGUGGAUUUUAAUAGCACUACAAUGCCUCUGGGUGAAGAUGGAAAUGGCUGGAAAAAGAAAACGGAUAAUAUAAGAGACAUCUACGACUUCAAAGAAGUCCUGGGAACUGGUGCCUUCUCUGAGGUGGUGCUGGCGGAGGAGAAGCGGACGCACAGACUUGUCGCCAUCAAGUGCAUCCCGAAGAAAGCCCUGGAGGGCAAAGAGAACAGCAUUGAGAAUGAAAUCGCAGUCCUGCACAAGAUCAAGCAUGCCAACAUUGUCUCGCUGGAGGACAUCUUUGAGAACAAGACACAUCUGUACCUGGUCAUGCAACUGGUCUCGGGGGGCGAGCUUUUCGACAGGAUCGUGGAAAAAGGUUUCUACACCGAGAAGGACGCCAGCAAGCUAAUUCAGCAGAUCCUGGACGCCGUGAAGUACCUGCAUGACAUGGGGAUUGUCCACAGAGACCUGAAGCCUGAAAACCUUCUGUACUACAGCAUGGAUGAAGACUCCAAGAUCAUGAUCAGCGAUUUUGGCCUCUCCAAGAUUGAGGGCUCUGACAGUGUGAUGUCCACAGCCUGCGGGACGCCGGGUUACGUUGCUCCUGAAGUUCUGGCUCAGAAGCCUUACAGCAAAGCAGUUGAUUGCUGGUCCAUUGGAGUCAUCGCCUACAUCCUGUUGUGUGGCUACCCCCCGUUUUACGACGAAAAUGAUGCUAAGCUGUUUGAACAGAUUUUGAAAGCUGAAUAUGAGUUUGACUCUCCGUACUGGGAUGAUAUCUCGGAUUCUGCCAAAGACUUCAUCAUUCACUUGAUGGAAAAAGAUCCAAGAAAGAGGUACACGUGUGAGCAGGCGCUGCAGCACCCCUGGAUUGCAGGAGACACUGCUCUGGAUAAGAACAUCCAUGAGUCUGUCAGCGCUCAGAUCAAAAAGAACUUUGCCAAAAGCAAAUGGAAGCAAGCAUUUAACGCCACAGCUGUCAUUCGCCACAUGAGGAGGUUGCAGUUGGGGACCAGCCAGGAGGGUCCUAGCCAAAACACUCCGACCAGCCCCUGUCACGGUGAGCUGCUCGUACCAGAAGAUGAUGAAGAAAAUGGAUCACAUUGUGACAGCAGCUGUUCAAAGACGUCAGACCUCGAUGGGCUACCCAACUGCACUUACAGCUGCCAUCAUGCCAGCCGGGUCUGAGUGAAGAGUUAUUAUUCUGACAAUCAUUAUCACUGGAGCCCAGAAUCCCAGUCUGGCCACAAAUUCAGAGUUGCACCAGCACCCUCCAGGAGGGAAGGGGUGGGGUGGGUUAUUGGGCUGAUGUUAAACGUAUCAAUGAAAAAGGAGGCUUUUUGGUGGCAGAAACGAUGUGGAUGGGAGGUCCUUGGGUUUGUACUUUUUAUUUUUUUUAAAUUUUUUAAUUCUUAUUUCUUUUCUUUUGGAAACACAGGUUUCUCUUUAGUGUUUAUCUGAAUUGCCGUCACUUUAUUUUCUCCCUAAUGGUGUAUUUUUACAGGUAUCUUUGAAAUCAGGGGCUAUAAAGCUGAUCAGGGGAUCUGUCAGUUUGAACGUAUGGAUGCUUUGGGGGUAAGCGGAACGUGAAAGCCGCUGGCGAGUUUACCAGUGUGACCCAUCCUUCCCCA